AUGUCGUAUGAUGAUAUUGAUAACGCGGUGCCCGACAUUGUGAUCGGUGGUACUAUGGACGACGUUGAAGAAGACUACCAGUACGAGCACGACGUGGAAAGUGACUAUGAACAAGCUGAAGGUAAAGAAGAAGAAGGUAACCUUAACGCCACCAAAGAAAAGAAAUCUGUAUCAUUUGCUGGAUUAGAAGAAGCUUAUGAUGAAGAGGAGGCCAAAAGAGAAUUUGAAGAAGGUGGAGGAUUACCUGAACAACCUGAAAACCCUGAUUGCUCUUUCUUGACUCCUUUAUCACCAGAAAUUAUCAAUAGACAAGCUACCGUUAACAUUGGUACCAUUGGUCAUGUUGCUCACGGUAAAUCUACCGUUGUAAGAGCUAUUUCUGGAGUGCAAACUGUUAGAUUUAAAGAUGAAUUAGAAAGAAACAUUACUAUUAAGUUGGGUUAUGCUAAUGCUAAGAUUUAUAAGUGUGAUAACCCUGAAUGUCCUGAACCUGAUUGUUAUCAUUCCUUCAAAUCAGAUAAAGAAAUUAGACCUCGUUGUCUUAGACCCGGAUGUGAAGGUCGUUACCAAUUGGUUAGACAUGUUUCCUUUGUUGAUUGCCCUGGGCACGAUAUUUUGAUGAGUACGAUGUUGUCAGGAGCAGCUGUUAUGGAUGCUGCCUUAUUAUUAAUUGCAGGUAAUGAAUCUUGUCCUCAACCCCAAACUUCAGAACAUCUUGCAGCCAUUGAAAUCAUGAAGUUAAAGCAUGUUGUUAUAUUACAGAAUAAAGUUGAUUUGAUGAGGGAAGAAACAGCUUCAGAUCAUCAUAAAUCUAUUCUUCAAUUUAUAAGAGGUACCAUUGCCGACGGUGCACCAAUCAUUCCAAUCUCAGCUCAAUUGAAAUAUAACAUUGAUGCUGUUAACCAAGCUAUUGUGAAUACUAUCCCAGUACCACCAAGAGAUUUCCAAGCAUCUCCAAGGUUAAUUGUAAUUAGAUCUUUUGAUGUUAAUAAGCCAGGUGCUGAAAUCGAUGACUUAAAGGGUGGUGUUGCUGGUGGUUCCAUUUUAACAGGUGUUUUCAAGAUUGGUGAUGAAAUUGAAAUUAGACCAGGUAUUGUUACCAAAGAUGAAAGAGGUAAGAUCCAAUGUAAGCCAAUUUAUUCUCGUAUUGUUUCAUUAUUUGCUGAACAUAAUGAUUUGAAAUUUGCUGUCCCUGGUGGUUUAAUUGGUGUUGGUACUAAGGUUGAUCCAACUUUAUGUAGAGCUGAUAGAUUAGUGGGUCAAGUUGUUGGUGCUAAGGGUAAUUUACCUUCAAUUUAUACUGAUAUUGAAAUCAAUUAUUUCUUAUUGAGAAGAUUAUUAGGUGUUAAGACUGAUGGCCAAAAGCAAGGUGCUAAGGUUAGAAAGUUAGAAGUUGGUGAAGUGUUGAUGGUUAAUAUUGGUUCCACUGCUACUGGUGCCAGAGUUGUUGCUGUCAAGGCUGAUAUGGCUCGUUUACAAUUGACUUCACCUGCUUGUACUGAAGUUAAUGAAAAAAUUGCAUUAUCUAGACGUAUUGAAAAGCAUUGGCGUUUGAUUGGUUGGGCCACAAUCAAGAAGGGUACUACCUUGGACCCUUCAACAUAA